AUGCCUGUCUCUCAGCAGGGUUGGACGCGCACGAUCUUCAAGUCUGACUGCUCUCAACAGGGUUGGGCUGCAUGGUGCGGGCCCGACUUCGAGGACGCUAUGAAGACAGCUGGGGUGUACGUAUCCUGUGGAAACUUAUUCUGGCUGAAUGUCAGGGGCAUGACAUCUCCAAAAGUUCCAAUCAACUCAGCCAGCUUGGAGAAAAUCCAGAAGACCUUCUUUCAGAAGGGGGUUGAAAAGUUGGGCGUCGAGAUUGUGGUGGGGGUGCCUCGCAACUGCGACAAAGACAAGUUCAUGCAGCUUCAGGGCAACUUGAUGCGCAUCUCUCCCGAGGAGGUGGAUCACUCCCUGAUUCUACAUGUGGCCCACAGAAUCAGCAGUGGUGCUAGCGAAGAAGAGUUGCUGGGAUGGCGCACCGUGUUCCUCUCAGUCUCCAUCUCAUUGCGGUGUGAGAUCAUCGAGACGAAGGAGGACGCCUUCUUCAGGCAGAUGACCUUGCGUCAGCGAUAUAUCGCGACGUACGAAGCAUGCAGUCGCAGUACUGUUCAGACGAUCUUUGAAAUCGCAGCCCUCAAAGCAGCAUACGAGGCAACACAUACGGCGCACUUGUCAAGGGCGGAGCUCGCAGACCUUUGGGUCAGGAAAACCUACGACCUUUCAGAUUCAGACGAGGCGCCAAAGACAGCGUUUGAACUGGUCGACUCGGCCAUGAAAAUUUACGACAGGAUGCUGAGUGACAAUGACCUCUUCUUGAAGGUGCACUCUCUAGAGUUGAAAUUCGGGAAGAAAAGUUGCUGGAGACACAUGAGCACCUUGGAGGCCGUGGUCAUGAAGUGCAAAAAGAAAGAAGAAAUGAUGUGGAUCCUGGCAACUAUCGAAGAUCUGUUGCUCCGUGGUGAGGCAUCCAACUCACAGUUUUCCAGCCGAAGCCUCAAAGGAGGGAAAACUGGUGGCGGGUCCCGAGGACUGAUGGAUGAAUGGCUUGCUAAGCGCAACAUCCUUCUGUGGCUCUUCGCUGAUUUUGGCACCCAUGGAUUGCCGUCUGAGAUGUGUAUGUCCUUGAGUAAGAUCUUCGAAACCCACACCAAUGUUCGAGAAAAGUUCAGCACGGGUGCCGACUUGUCAUGGCUGGGUCAGCUCACAGAAGUGGAGCGCCUGGCAAUCGACUUUGUGAAGAAUGUGGUGUUUGGAUCCCAGCACGACUCUCAUCUUCGAAAUGCUUUGAAGGGGGCCACCAAGCCAGAAGACUUGCUUGCCAACGAGCCUUUCAAGCCCUUGCUUGACCAGAUCCACACUGAGAUCACCAAACUGGUCAAGGCUGAAGAUGCAGAGGAAGCGAGUGAGGAAGAGAAUGAACCCUUGCUCCAUGACAUUCUGGGUGAGAUGAUUGAUGAGUCUGACGAGUCAGCCGCUGAUCUGCUUCGUUAUGCCAAACAAGCAGAGGAGAUUGUCGACCAAUUUGCCAAGAUCAUCGUUGAGCAGGAUUCGAACUCAGGCAUGGCCCGUGUGCUGGAGGCUUGCGCAACCAGCACGACUGGAAGGCGGGCUGUUCUGAUUUAUGACACCAAGACAGCAGGUGAAGCCACUGCCCAACCGCAUGUCAGACGGCCGCAGUUCCGUCGGGAGCAUUUUACAAAGGUCCUCAGUGCCUUUGUCAAGUCCCGUGGAGGAGAUCAGUUGGAGCGAGAUGACAUUAUCCUCUUCUUUGACGGCGGCAGGCAGCUGGCGCCCAUGAUGAUGUCAUGCUGCGUCCGUCAGGGUGGUGAUGACAACCACGGACGCCACUUUGACAACAAAACCCGCCUAGAGCUCGUGGUGCACUACGAUGAGGUGAGUCUGCGAAGCAGGAAGACUCUUCAAAGAGGAAUGCUUCAAACGCAUGAAUCCUUGCAUUUGGUGAGCAAUGGUGUUGCCUCCGUGCAGGACAAGCCCCGGCUGAUCUACAGUGGCAGCAGUCUUGCAAGUUCCAUCGGCCCAGUGAAAGUGGAUGCCGUUGAAGGUGACAAUGAGGAAGUGUGGCUCCUGCCAAAGGAGGAAAAAGAUCAAAUCUAUGGUCCCUCAGGGAAGGUGCUGUCUGGAGGUGCCCUUGAGGGGGAAUGCCCAGAGCGCCCUUCUUUCAAAGAUGACCGGCAGAUGGUCAGCUACCAUGGGAUGCCCCGCGCCCUUUACAGUGAGCUGAUUCACUCCUUUGAUGCAAAUUUGAUGGUUGCUGCCACAGAUGUGGAGGGGAAGGUAGCGGAGGCAUGCAUCUUGGCCAAGCGGCCGUGUAUCUCCAUAUGCUUCACGGACUUCCAUGCCAGUGAACUUCGCAAACGCUUGAUUCGGUGGGUGUGGGCGCAGUUUCAGGAUCAGAGUUCCUCAUUGUACAAUGUGAACGCGCAGCUCUUGAUCAAGAAGCAGAAGGCCGCCAACUCCGAUGAGUCUAAUGCUACUGGGUCUGAGCCCCCUGCCAAGAAGGCCAAGGCCGAUGAUGAAGCCGCGAAGAAGCGCGAGGAGAUUUUGGCGAAGCUGAAAGGUCUUCAAGGAGGCAUGAGCUUGGUGGAUGAUGAUGACGACGGUGAGGACGAGUGA